CGAAUUAAAUUAUUUGUUAUCAAUAUCGAAAUAGAAAUGUCUCACGUGUCAUCUCGAAUUGAGCAUCUCCGUCAAACUGUCUAUGCGUGUAUAUGUGCGUAACUUAAAAUAAACUGCAGAGUAUUGCUUAGGCCAAAUUUGCUUGUAGGUGAAGGAUAUCGUAAGAGAGGCAGUGGCAGAAACUAGUAAAUCAGUUAACGGCAAUAGAAUUUGAAAUCACCAAAGCUGUAUACCCAACGCUAUACUCGAAAGUAUUUUGCAAUGUCUGAUCUUGGAAGCGGCGACGACGGCAUUUCGGGAUCAAAAUAUAAUGCAAGCAAUAUGGAAGGCUCUUCAAGUAGAAAUGAUUUUGAAUCGGGAAAAGCUGGCAGUGCUGUCGAACAGGAAUUGGCCACAAAAAUGCUUCAAAUCCAAUCAAAACGAUUUUACUUGGAUGUUAAACAAAAUCGUCGCGGGCGCUUCAUAAAGGUGGCUGAGAUUGGAGCAGACGGCAGACGAAGUCAAAUAUAUUUAGCUCUGUCGACAGCAGCUGAGUUUCGUGAUCAUCUAUCUUCGUUUAGCGAUUAUUAUGCUUCUUUAGUUAAUCGAAACGCAGGGCCACCAAAUACUGACAAUUUGCCGGAGGAUGGCAAAUUGAAAUCAGAGAUGAUGAUUAAGGACAAUCGAAGAUAUUAUUUGGACUUGAAGGAAAAUGCACGUGGAAGAUUCCUAAGGGUUUCGCAAACAAUAACAAGAGGGGGACCCAGAUCUCAAAUCGCAUUGCCAGCUCAAGGCAUGAUCGAGUUUCGAGAUGCGUUAACUGAUUUGUUGGAAGAGUUUGGAGUUACUGAUGCAGGAUUUAAAGGUGAUUUACCCGAAGAGCGUCAUAUGAAAGUGGACAACAAGAACUUUUACUUUGAUAUUGGACAAAAUAAUCGAGGAGUUUAUAUGCGAAUAAGUGAGGUGAAAAAUAAUUUUCGUACUUCUAUAACCAUACCUGAAAAGUGCUGGCUACGAUUUCGUGAUAUUUUCAACGAUUAUUGCGAUAAAAUAAAAAAAUCACCAGAUUCAAAUACUGCCGAUAAUAUUUUACCGCCAACUGUAAACAGUCUUAAAUAAUUGGCAAGAAAUGCAGUUAUUGAAUUAAUAAAUUAAUAUAUAGUUAUCCCAACAAGAGAUGUACACACUAAAUACAGAAAUUCAAAGGCUUUUUAAAUUAUCGUCUGCGUAUCGAACAAUACAACUGGAAAAUGACGAACGGACAGUAGAUGAGAAGAAUGGAGAAUGCGCAAUGGACAAUGGAGAACAGAUUGAAUGGCGAAUGGCUAAUGAAGAGUGCAGAAUGAAUAAUAGAAACCGUAGAAACCGUAGAAUACAGAAUGAACAAUGAAGAAUGAAGAGUAGGAAGUGUAUAGACAGGAAAAAAUAAUGGAAUUUAGAUGCAGAAUGCGGAGUGUAGUGGAGUGGAAAACUAAUAUUGGCUAAUGUGUAGUAGAGUGGAGAAUGGAAGAGGUUUAUGGUGUACACAAAAUUUAUAAUAUUUAAUGGGGAGUGGAGCAAUGGGAAUUUUAAGGUAUACAUCAAAUCCCUAUUGUUUUUCCUCAUCCCCGUUCCACUAAAUCAUAAAAUUAAUUAUUGUCUGACGGAUAUGUAAAUAGUUUUUAUGUAUUAUGCCAGCUGCUAAAAAGAAAACAUGUGAUCAUUUUUCUGUUAAAAUAUCAUCUCUUGAUAUAAAA